UCUCUUCCAUACUUCUAUUCUCCUCUCUCUCUCUCUCUCUCUCUCUCUCUCUCUCUCUCCACAUUCCUUCAUUCAAUGUGAUGCCAUCGAAACACUGAGGGGCAGUUGAACCUUAAAACAACCCAUAUCUGAUUUUUAUGCAUGUAUGGGAUGACGUUGGACAGUUUGGGGAUACAAUUUGUAGCUUUGGUUGGCUUUCUGCUGUGUGUUAGUGAUUUGCCAACAUGUCAAAAUUUGAGGGUGUUAUCGUCUCCGAUCAAUGGCUUCAAAGCCAGUUUACGCAGGUUGAACUUCGCAGCCUGAAAUCAAAAUUUGUCUCUUUAAAGAAUCAGAAUGGCAAAGCCACAUUUGGAGAUUUGCCACUUUUAAUGGUGAAACUAAAGGCAUUCGGAGACAUUUACAACGAGGAUGAGAUUAGGAGUAUCUUGGGUGAGUCAGGCACUGACUUCACCGGUGAUAUCGAUUUUGAAGCCUUCUUAAGGGCAUAUUUGAAUUUGCGAAGCCAAGUUGCAGCAAAACAAGGUGGUAGGAAGCACUCUUCAUCAUUCCUUAAGGAAACCGUAACCACCCUUCUUCACACAAUCAGUGAAUCAGAAAAAGCCUGCUAUGUUGCUCACAUAAACAGCUUCCUUGGUGAUGAUCCAUUUCUGAAGCAAUAUCUUCCUUUGGACCCCACUGCAAAUGAUCUAUUUGAUCUUGCAAAAGAUGGUGUUCUUCUGUGUAAACUUAUCAAUGUUGCUGUGCCUGGGACUAUAGAUGAGCGAGCCAUCAAUACCAAACGAAAUCCUAGUCUUUGGGAGAGGAAUGAAAACCAUACUCUAUGCCUCAAUUCUGCCAAGGCUAUUGGCUGCACAGUGGUUAACAUUGGAACACAAGACUUAGUUGAAGGAAGACCUUAUCUUGUUCUAGGCUUGAUUUCCCAAAUCAUAAAGAUCCAACUGCUGGCAGAUCUCAACCUUAAGAAGACACCUCAACUUGUGGAAUUAGUUGAUGACAGCCAGGAGAUUGAAGAGUUGCUUAAUUUGUCCCCUGAAAAGGUUCUGCUGAAAUGGAUGAAUUUUCAUCUUCAGAGAGGAGGUUACCAAAAAACUGUCAAGAAUUUUUCUUCUGAUGUUAAGGAUGGAGAGGCUUAUGCUUAUUUGCUUAAUGUCCUGGCACCUGAACACAGCAGUCCGUCCACCUUGGAUACUAAGGAUGCCUAUGAAAGGGCAAAUCUGGUUCUUGAUCAUGCAGAGAGAAUGGGCUGCAAAAGAUACUUGACCCCAAGGGACAUUGUGGAGGGUACCUCUAAUCUGAAUCUUGCAUUUGUUGCACAAUUGUUUCAACACAGGAGUGGCCUAUCUACAGACACUAGAAAGAUGUCCUAUGCCAAGAUGAUGACAGAUGAUGUACAAACAUCUAGAGAAGAGAGAUGCUUCCGGCUGUGGAUCAAUAGUCUUGGAAUUUCUACGUAUGUAAAUAAUCUAUUUGAAGAUGUUAGAAAUGGAUGGAUACUUCUGGAAGUGCUAGACAGGAUUUUCCCAGGAUCAGUUAACUGGAAACAGGCAACAAGACCCCCAAUUAAAAUGCCAUUCAGAAAAGUAGAGAACUGCAAUCAAGUCACAAAAAUUGCUAAGCAAUUGAAAUUCUCACUAGUCAACGUAGCUGGCAAUGACAUUGUGCAAGGAAACAAGAAGCUCAUUCUUGCUUUAUUGUGGCAGUUGAUGAGAUUCACAAUGCUUCAACUGUUGAAAAAUUUGAGAUCUCACUCCCAAGGAAAGGAGAUCAGUGAUGCUGAUAUCAUGAAAUGGGCAAACAGAAAAGUGAAUAGCACUGGCAGAACUUCUCACAUAGAGAGUUUCAAGGAUAAGAGCUUGUCAAGUGGAAUCUUUUUCCUUGAGCUUCUGAGUGCUGUAGAGCCUAGGGUUGUCAAUUGGAAUGUCGUCAGCAAGGGUGAAAGUGAUGAAGAGAAGAGGUUGAAUGCCACCUAUAUAAUCAGUGUUGCAAGAAAGCUUGGCUGUUCCAUCUUUUUGUUACCUGAGGAUAUUAUGGAGGUUAAUCAGAAGAUGAUUCUCACUCUUGCAGCUAGCAUAAUGUAUUGGUGCUUGCAACAACAAAGUGAAGAUGCAGAUUCUUUUCCUUCACCUGCUGACACUGCUACUACCACCACACCUGAAGCAUCCCCAGCCCCUUCAGUUUGUGGUGAAGAUGAAAUUUCCUCACUUGGUGGUGAAUUCUCCAACUUCAGUGUUGAUGAUGCCACCUCUGACACAACAGUCUCUUCACAACUUGAGUCUGAUGGUGUUCCAGUGGUAGAUGAGCUAUUAUGAGUCUAGUUUGUAAAGCUUUACACUACAUGAGAUGAGUCUGAAAUGUUUUUGUUAGAGCAACAAAAUAUAGCAAAGCUCAAGAUGCACACCUCCUACAAGGUGUCAACCUCCAAAAAAAGUUACGAGUAAAUAUUCUUUCUGGUCCUCAGCAAAUUUUACGAUGUCCGAUUUAGUCCCUAGCAAAUAAAAAAGUUAUUCGUAGUCCCUAAGAAAUUCAAAAUGGAUUUAUUUAAUUAAAAUCGGGAUUCCUCAUAAAUUCAAAAAAGAUUCGCAUUAGUCCCUCAAAAGGACUAAAAUGGAUCCAUUUUGAAUUUUUUAGAGACCACGAAUAACUUUUUUAUUUGCUAGGGACUAAAACGGAUAUCGUGAAAUUUGCUGAGGAUCGGAAAAGGUAUUUACUCAAAAGUUAUAGAAUAGAUGUGAAUAGUUUGUACAAAAAUAUCUUGUUCUUUGGAGAAUAAUGCUAAAUGAGAGGGAACAGAAUAAAGAAUAGAGAGGGAAAUGAAAACUGAUCUAUAGGGGUAUAUAUAAUCAACUUCACCCUUGUUGCUAGGUUCUUCUUUAGGUAGCUUCCACUAUUGUGUUUUGUAUUUUUUUAUUCAUUACUUAUUCAUGU